AUGAAAUGCAAGAAAAAAUGCGUAAUAUUUAAUAUUCUGUACAAGGAAGUCAUGUAAUGUACACAUCUGAUUUUUUAUUUGAUAUUGAAAUACACAAAUAGUGAUAUUUCUUAAUAGCGAUCGAAUAUUAUAUUUCAUUAUACUUUUUUACAUCUACUAUUUACAAAAAUUGAUAAUUCUAUGUAUAUAUCUCUUUCAACUCAUUUGUAAUACACAAAAUUUAAUCAGUUUUUCAAUAUAAUUCAUUGAUGAAACAGCAUAAAGCACUGCAUGCAAAAAGAGAAUGACAUAAACUGAUUUUAACAUUCAGAAAAGUUUAUGCAUACUGACUUUUUACAUGAUCCUGCAAUAUAUAAUUUAUAUAAAAAUUAUACAUGCAGAAAAUUUGCGUGCAUUAUAAAAACACUUUUAUCUCAGAAUAUUAGUAACUGUUUUGAAGGAAUUCAAGUUUUCUGUUUAUUACUAAUUUUAACAUAUUAAUCUAUUAAACCUGACAGAUUAAUUUACAAACAAUACAUAUAAUAAAGUAAAUACAUAGAAUAUAUACACAUAAACAAUUAUUAAUAUAAUUUUGAAGCAAUAUUUUUUAUAUGCUCAAGACUUAUAAUAAUGUGCAAUAAAUAUUAGUCUUAAAUUUAAUGAUAGCUAAAAGUAAGCACAUUUAAGCUUAAUACCAGGAAAUUUUACAUUUAAUUUUCUCUUUAAUUAAAUGCCAACUAUACUUAUAAGAGCAGGGGGAGGAAUUUUGGUCUAUCGAUUAUGCAAGAAAUAUGCAAUGUAAUUGAAAUAAUUUUAAUUAUAGACGUUAACAACAUGGAUGAAAAGCAGAAGUUGGAAAAUGAGUCUUUGAAAACGGCAGAAAAUUAUGAAGAAUCUGCAAGACAUCUGAUAGAAGUAAACAAUCAGUAUAAUGUUGUGCUACCCCAGAAAGAAGAUAUUUCAAAUAAUUUUUCAUUGUUUACAUGGUUUCCAUGGUUUGAACAAACCACCGCAAGCCCUUUCAGAACCAAAACUCAGUUGGGAUCAAAAGAUGAGAAGAAUUCAAAAGCAAUAAGAGGAGUUGGAUUUUGGCAAGAGCUGAACCUAUUUGGAAGUAAAGAUACAAAUGAAGCAUUAAAAGCACAUGCACUGUGUAGAAAGUCAAAUGGAAAGUUUCUGCUGCUGUCACCAAGAAGGAGAGACUUCGGAGUUCUAUCUGGCUCUUUGGAGAGAAGUGUUUAAAAGAUUAUACCAAGUUUCAAUUAAAAUCCCAUAAACAGAAGCCCAUGAAAACAUACCAGGAACUUGCUAUGAAUGUUGAAAGGCUGUCUAACCUCGCCUUUUCCUACUACCUAACAGAAACAAAGGAAAUCCUGUCUCUGCAGUACUUCAUCAAUGAUAUCUGGGUUCCUGAGAUACAGAAAGCACUAUGAAUGGCAGAUAUCAAGGAUCUAGUGGGUGCUUUAGUAUAUGCCAUAGAAUUUAAGGAAGCCCAACAAGCAACUCGUAGAGACCCAUGGCCGAAUCAGAGCUGCUCAUUUCCAGGAGCGAAUGAUUCAACUGGUUGCUCAUCUAGAUGAUUUAUCCAAGCUAGUCAAUACCUUGACAUGUAACAGGAGUGCCAAAAAAACCAACCUAAAGUGCUGAAACUGUGAUGGUGAAGGCCAUGUACAAAGGAACUGCAGAAUGGCUCAACAAUUGGAAAGUAAACUCAUCUCUGCAUGCCAUCUUGCAUUACUCUCCAGACUGUGUCCAGUGAUAAAAUCAACACUGAUGGAAAGUUACAUGUUCAUUGAAAAAUUUUAAGAGGUUUUCUCUUGCAUAUCUUCAGACAUAUGUUGAACCAGUUUGGCAAAGCAUAAAAUUGAUAUGGGGGAUCAUCUACCAACCAAGCAACAUCCAUCUAUCAACUGCUAAACAGGAUGGGGAAGGAAAACUUCUAAAGGAUAUGCAAGAAAGUGAUGUUAUAGGGCGUCAGCAAGCACUUGGGACUCUCCCAUCUUUUUAACAUUCAUAGUAAUUUAAAGUUGUAAAUAAUGAUUGUGAUUUGUCAUAUCGAGAACUGUCUGAGUACUUUUGAGGAAAAUUUCAGAAAUGUAAAAAAAUUUCUUUUGUGAAAAUAAAUUUUAUCAAGCUAUCAGCCGUUCUGUGUGCUUUCGAUCCAUUGUUGUCCAUUGCUGUACGCACGUAACAAGACCAAUAAAGAAAGAAUAUUGUAAUUUUUCAAAAGAAAAGGCAACUAAUAUGCAUAAUGCUACAUGAGUAAAAGUGUUAUGCAUCCAAAAAUUAUAUAUUGAUUCCUUCUUUGAAAUGUUGCAAAUAUUUUCAAUUAUUUAAUAAUUAUAUGUGCUGCAAGGUAUUUACAUAAUUUUCAUAUUUCACUAAUCCAUUUAUAUAAAAGGAAUAGAUGUGUAGCCUAAAAUAAUU